UUUUAUUAUAACAUAUACAGAAUAGGAAUUUUCUGUAGUUCCUAUUUUAUCAAAUUGGUUUUUAUCUUGCCUUGGGAACAGGGUUAUAUAUUAUCUUUUACAAUAUACUCUAUUAUGCUGGUAUUGGCAUUCUAGCUUAAGUCCAAAUAGUUCCUGCUUAUUUCUAAUCCCACAUAUAUUAGUGAAUAUACAUGAUACCAGCAUAGUUAAUUUAAAAUGUUAAAAGCCUAGUCAAUAAGUAGGAAAUUUUGUAACUGACAUUCUUAAUUGAAAGGACUCUUAUCCUUUCGGGUACAUGUAAUGGAUCCAUUUUAAAAUCUAAUGAAGUCUAUGAACCUUCUCUCAGAAUAUUUUGAUUAUCUAUAUUUAUCAUUUAAUGAAAAUUAGCUGCUAACUUUUCUUUACAGGUUAAUGGGGAAAAUGACAUAAUGUUUUCCUAUCCAAGAUUAUGACCUAUCCAAACAUUCCUUAAGAAUUUAUGGACUCCAGGUUAAGGACCACUAUUUUAAAUUACAGUGUUAGGAAGAUAAAGCAUGACCAAAGGAGAAAAAAUAAAAAUGAGAAACCAUACAUCAGUCACAGAGUUCAUACUGCUGGGAUUGACAGAUGAUCCACAGUGGCAAUUGGUACUUUUUGUCUUCCUUCUUCUUAUGUACAUAUUGAGUGUAACUGGGAAUCUGACCAUUAUCACUUUGACAUUGCUGGACUCCCACUUGCAGACCCCCAUGUAUUUCUUUCUCCGAAAUUUUUCCUUCUUAGAAAUUUCCUUCACAUCUGUAUGUAUUCCUAGAUUUCUAGUUACUGUUGUGACAGGGGAUAAGACCAUCUCCUAUAGUAGUUGUGUGGCUCAGUUAUUCUUUUUCAUUUUCUUGGGGGUGACAGAAUUUUAUCUUCUUGCAGCCAUGUCCUAUGACCGCUAUAUUGCUAUCUGCAAGCCAUUGCACUACACAACCAUUAUGAACAGUAGGGUUUGUAUAUUGCUUGUCCUUAGCUCUUGGCUGGCUGGGUUCCUGAUAAUUUUUCCACCCAUCAUCCUGCUACUACAGCUAGAUUUCUGUGCAUCUAAUGUCAUUAAUCAUUUUAUCUGUGACUCUUCUCCCAUCCUGCAGUUGUCUUGCUCAAAUACACGCUUCCUUGAGCUCAUGGCAUUUAUUUUAGCUGUGGUAACACUCAUGGUCACCUUGACCCUAGUGAUUCUCUCUUAUACAUACAUCAUUCAGACAAUACUGAAAAUCCCUUCUUCAAUUCAGAGAAAAAAGGCUUUUUCUACUUGUUCCUCUCAUAUGAUUGUUGUCUCACUCUCUUAUGGGAGCUGCAUUUUCAUGUACAUUAAACCCUCAGCUAGGGAAAGAGUGUCUUUGAGCAAGGGAGUUGCUGUGCUCAAUACCUCAGUUGCCCCUUUGUUAAAUCCCUUCAUUUACACUCUAAGGAAUCAGCAAGUGAAACAAGCAUUCAAAAAUAUGGUUCAGAGAAUUAUCUUUUCUUCUAAUAAGUAA